AUGACACUGCAUUGGUGGAUGCACUGGUUUUGGGUGACGACGUUGCUACUUAUUAUUGCCAGCACCGGAAGGACUAUUGCUGCGCCUAAGUCAGAAGACCUACAGUACAUUACAGCCGACCCCGAGACGGAACGCUAUGAGAGACAGCCCAGAGCUAUGUAUUUCACGAAGACACCGCAGAUAACAAAGCCCCCGGAGAACGUAACAAGAGAUCCUCCACGAAGUUCUCCUACACCGACAAAUGUAACAACCACUGUAACAACCUCCACAGAUAUACAGUGGACCCCCGUAAAUACCACAGACAAUGCAACGUUUGACGUCGUUAGUAUUAACGCGUCUAUCGCUACAGAUAAUGUGACCGAAGCACAGAACACAACUGUGACAAAGCGGCGGAACUUGACAAGACCAGAGACAGGUAGGGCCGUCUUUGUAAAAGACGGUAUACCCAUAGCGGGACUGUCAGAAAGUCGAAUUGUGACUGAAAAACCUCUGUCCCUAGAGACUGCGUUUAUACAGACGAAAAUUCCGUCGAAUAUAGAAUCUUCUAGAAGAGUGAUAGAUCCAGGGGAAGAAGGUAUGGACACUGGAGCAAUAGCGGGGAUCUCUUUCGCAGCUCUUGCUUUGGUGGGCUUAGCUGGCAGUACUGCUUUUGUCCUGUAUAGACGACGGUAUCUAAAUAAACCUCAGACGUUAAAUGACAAGUGCUCCAAUCCUGAUUCCAGUGGCUAUCUUGAUGACAGUACUAUAAGAGAUAACUCUGAAGAAAUGUACAGUUUGGACAACGAUUCGUUCCUCAACUCUCUAGAAGCCAUGACCAUCCAGAACUACUGGACUGACACAGUGAAACACACCAAGUUAUAA